CUCUGAGGGCCGGGGGAGGGAAGCCGCCGUGCGUGUGCCUCCCUGUAUUUUAAUAACUGUUUGUUGUUGGGCGGUGUGGUUGGUGCGUUUCCCCCCGCCCCCCGUUUAUCCCCAAGGCGGAGGGGAGGAGAGCUGCCCCCGGCGCGCCUGCAUGGCUCCCGCUCCCCGGGGCGCCCCGGGAGCAUAGGAUCCGCCUCCGGCCAGGUGACGUGCCCCCGCCUCCGCUCACACGCGCGCGGGGAGCGGUAGGGGCGGGGGAGCGCCCGCCUGUGCGAACAUGGAGGGACCCUCGGGCCCGGCGGAGGAAGGGGAGCUGCCGCUCCUCACCGUCAAGCACGAGCUGAGGAACGCAAAUUUGACAGGCCAUGCAGAGAAAGUUGGCAUUGAAAACUUUGAACUCCUAAAAGUCCUUGGAACAGGGGCCUAUGGAAAAGUGUUCCUAGUAAGGAAAGUAAGUGGCCAUGAUGCUGGAAAGCUGUAUGCCAUGAAAGUACUGAAGAAAGCAACAAUAGUUCAAAAAGCCAAAACAACUGAGCACACAAGGACAGAACGACAAGUGUUGGAGCACAUUAGGCAAUCACCUUUUCUGGUCACAUUACAUUAUGCCUUCCAGACAGAUACUAAGCUUCAUCUCAUUUUAGACUAUAUAAAUGGAGGAGAAUUGUUUACUCACCUUUCGCACAGAGAGAAAUUCUCAGAAAAUGAGGUGCAAAUUUACAUUGGGGAAAUUGUUUUGGCGCUUGAACAUCUCCACAAGUUGGGGAUUAUAUAUCGGGAUAUAAAACUUGAGAAUAUUCUCCUGGAUUCUGAUGGCCACGUGGUGCUGACAGACUUUGGUCUGAGUAAGGAGUUUCUUACUGAUGAGAACGAGAGAGCAUAUUCCUUCUGUGGGACAAUAGAAUACAUGGCUCCAGAUAUUGUAAGAGGAGGAGAUGCAGGACAUGAUAAGGCUGUUGAUUGGUGGAGUGUUGGUGUUCUUAUGUAUGAAUUAUUAACUGGGGCAUCACCAUUUACAGUUGAUGGAGAGAAGAAUUCCCAAGCAGAGAUUUCUAGGAGAAUAUUAAAAAGUGAGCCACCUUAUCCACAAGAAAUGAGUGCAUUGUCUAAGGAUAUAAUUCAGCGUCUUUUGAUGAAAGACCCCAAGAAGAGGCUAGGUUGUGGUCCCACUGAUGCUGAUGAAAUCAAACAGCAUCCCUUUUUCCAGAAUAUGAAUUGGGAUGAUUUAGCUGCCAAAAAAGUGCCAGCUCCAUUUAAACCAGUAAUCAGAGAUGAAUUGGAUGUCAGUAAUUUUGCAGAGGAGUUUACAGAAAUGGAUCCGACAUAUUCUCCUGCAGCUACACCUCAGACUUCAGAAAGAAUAUUUCAGGGAUAUUCUUUCGUUGCACCUUCUAUUUUGUUUAAACGCAACGCAGCUAUAGUAGAUCCUCUUCAGUUUUAUAUGGGGGAUGAACGGCCUGGGACUACAACUAUUGCCAGAAGUGCUAUGAUGAAGGACUCUCCAUUUUAUCAUCAUUAUGAACUGGAUCUGAAAGAGAAACCAUUGGGAGAAGGAAGUUUUUCCAUUUGUCGAAAGUGCUUACACAAGAAAACUAGCCAAGAGUAUGCAGUAAAAAUAAUUAGCAAAAGAAUGGAAGCCAACACCCAGAGAGAAAUAACAGCUCUGAAACUCUGCGAAGGACACCCAAAUGUAGUGAAGUUACAUGAAGUUUUUCAUGAUCAGCUUCACACGUUUCUAGUAAUGGAGUUGCUGAAGGGAGGAGAAUUGCUGGAACGUAUUCAGAAAAAGAAACAUUUUAGUGAGACUGAAGCCAGUCAUAUUAUGCGAAGACUUGUUUCAGCGGUGAGCCAUAUGCACGAUGUAGGAGUAGUCCAUAGAGAUCUGAAACCUGAGAAUUUGUUGUUUACAGAUGAAACUGAUAAUUCAGAAAUAAAAAUAAUUGAUUUUGGCUUUGCUCGUUUAAAACCACCUGAUAAUCAGCCUCUUAAGACUCCAUGUUUUACUCUUCAUUAUGCUGCUCCAGAGCUCUUGAAUCACAAUGGUUAUGAUGAAUCUUGUGACCUGUGGAGUUUGGGGGUCAUUUUGUAUACAAUGCUAUCAGGACAGGUGCCAUUUCAGUCUCAAGACAAAAGUUUGACAUGUACCAGUGCAUUGGAAAUUAUGAAGAAAAUUAAAAAGGGGGAGUUUUCCUUUGAAGGAGAAGCUUGGAAAAAUGUUUCUGAAGAGGCUAAAGAGUUAAUUCAAGGACUUCUAACAGUGGAUCCAAACAAAAGAAUUAAGAUGUCCAGCCUGCGAUACAAUGAAUGGCUUCAGGAUGGCAGCCAGCUGUCAUCCAACCCUCUGAUGACUCCUGAUAACUUAGGCUCCUCAGGAGCUUCGGUGCAUACCUAUGUCAAAGCCACUUUUCAUGCCUUUAACAAGUACAAAAGGGAAGGAUUUUGUCUCCAGAAUGUUGACAAGGCACCUCUUGCAAAGAGAAGGAAAAUGAAAAAAACAAGUACAAGCACAGAGACACGUAGCAGCUCCAGUGAAAGUUCACAUUCUUCUUCCUCUCAUUCUCAUGGUAAAACUACACCUACAAAGACACUGCAGCCAACAAACCCUACAGACAGCAAUAACCCAGAAACCAUCUUCCAGUUCUCUGACUGAAUAGCAGAGAAUAUCCUGUUGAAGAUUUAAAUGGUUAUAAACUUGGUCAUACCUAUAUUGUCUUCUCCCAUCCUUCCUCUCUGUGGCUUACAGGCUACAGGAAUAUGUCUGUUGCUUUAAAAAUGUAUUUCAGUCAUACCUUUUUAGCUUUGUAUUUCAAUACAUUUCUUUUUAGCAUUACGUUUUGCAUCACUGGAUAUGGUAUAAUGCUAUUAUACAACCAACAUUGUAUUCUCUUAGGGCUAAAUUACUAGUGUGCAGUUAAGCUCAAGGUAAGGAGCUAUGCUGCUCGUGGUACAGCUUGGAGGAAGACUAUUUCUCAGUGUCAGAAUCUUCCUCCCAGUUUCUUCCCCACUGUUCAGAGAAAGAAAAACUCUGUAACACAUAGAACUCUUGGAUAGUCUGCUUUUUACCCAGCUGUGUGAAGACUGUCAUAGAAUUUGAUUCUUCAUACAUGUAAGGUAUCGUUGGUACCAUGCACCAAAGCAGUGUUGUACUUCAAGGCCUUUUAAAUUUGUGCUUACAUCCUAUCCCAUUUAUUUGAAUUUUAAGAGUAAAAUUAAGUUUCAUGGAACUCUUAUGUUGUUUUAGAAAGUAACUCCAUAUUUCUUGUUCUAAAAACUGGGAAAAUAAGUCUUAGUUGGUUUUUUUUAUUUAUUUACUUCCUUAAAAAACCAUCUAGGUUGAAAUACGUCUGAUAAGGUGAGGUGUCUAGAACUGUGAUAACAUAAUUUUUAUUUCUACUUUUUAGAGUUUCUAACUUUUAAAAUAUUUUGCAGAUUCUAAAAUGUAAUGCUAUGAGAGAAGGUGAAAUUUCAUACUGAAUGCUUUGGAAAAUGGUCACGUUAAAAUACCUAUUUCAAUAAUUAUAAUUUAUAUUUUCUUUUUUUAUUUACACAAUAACUUAAAAUACUAAGAUUUUUUUUGUGAUGCAAAAACUCCAGAUUCAACAUUUGUUAUUCUAGGGUCCAUACAAAGUGUAUACCACAUUAUUUGAAUUUUGCAUUGUGCAAAUAUGGCAGUUUAAUAGUGACUGUAAAAUAUUAGAAUAUAUGCUUUCUUUUUUGCACUUUAUAACAUCAAAAGGAGAUGUUUUAUAAUAAAGUGCACUCUGGUCUCCCUUUCUACAAGGUGCUGAGCACUGUUUUACUGGAUUGAAUGACCUGAAAUCCACCAUAUUUGGUGGUUGUGGUCAUUGUGAAGGAGAAUUCUGUACUUUGCAGGAGUGAAUCCCUGUAUUACCCACUGUUUUCAUUCCUUACUUUAAACUGCAAAGCUCUUUCUAUCUUGCUUUUACAUUGUAUAUAACAAAUACUAGACCUGGGCACCUUGUGUAGUGUAGAUGUUAACAACUUAUGCACUGGGAAUACUAAAGGGAAAUUAUAUUGAACACUGUGCUUCACAACUUGUUCACUGUGGUGUUCUACAGUGAAGUAUUUCCUACUGUGAUAGUAUAGUAUGUACAUAACUGUUUGGAAUCAUAAAUGUGACUUACAGAAACAUCAGCAUAAACUUUUAAAUCAGCAUAUUUUAUAAUAAAUUUAUGGAGAGCUCUUUUAUUGCUCGUAUUCUCAAUGACUAGGGGUAACUUAAGUGCUAAAAAUGACUCCAGUUUUGCAAAUGCUUACAUGUGUAAGUUUCCACUGAAGUCGCAGACACUCCUUGUGUAAAGUUAAUCAUAUGCCUAAACUUGUGUAAUGGAAGACUAGUUGAUGAGGGGACUUUGUUAACUGCUUGCUCUAUUUUAAGGUAACCUUAAUCCAAACCCUAUGCAAAAAAGGUUAUAAGACUUGUUUUUAUCAGUGGUUUUAUUUAUAGAAUUUUAUCAGAUAUCAGUAUUGAGAAAUACAAUACAUCCAUGUUUACAGGGAUCGUGUGUAUCAAAACAAGGCUUUGAAGCCCAACAUGUUUGUUCUGUGUUUCUUUAGUAUUAAGAAUGGCAUUCUGAGGUUUUGGAAUUGCUCAUGUGAAAUAGUUUACUGCUUUCUUGAUGUGAAUGUCAACAGUAAUUGCAGCAUUAAUUUCAGGUUGAUGUGAAUAUUGAGAUUUGCACUGUUUAUGUAGAAGUAGUAUAUUUAAAGAUCAGUAUAUGUGCUAAUAACACAACCAAUUUUAAGUGGCCGAUGUUAAAAUAUUGAAAAAUAAUUGUCAAUGUAAUAUAUUCAGGCUUGCUUUCUGAAUGCUCUCUUUGGAAGUAAUCUCAAUAGUGAACAUGGCUCAUUUGUAAAAGAAUACUUUCCCUCUCCCCAAUAAACUUGCUGUAAAUACAACAAACAAUCCACCAUUAAUACUUGUUAUGCAGACAAUACAAGUAAAUUGGGAGGUUGGAGAAGUGAUUGCUUGCAAAGUUUGCACUUUGAGGAGUUCUUGGAAUUUGUUGUCUUUGGGAUGAAGACAACAACAAAAAACAUUUUUCCAUUUGAUUUCAUUUAAGUGUAAGAAACUUUAGGAUACCAGGUGGAUUUGGAAUACGGUGAUCCAGCUGGUCCCAACUUCUUAAAGUUGGGAACCCAGUACAUUUCUGUGUUGGGAAGUUUAAACUACUGCUUGACAAACUGAUGAAACAAGAAAAAAGAAUUGGUAGAGUUUAUUUCACACAGGUUUUGAGAGAAUCUUUUGAGACUAAAAUUAUUAGAAUACAUCACUUGUAUCAAAGACAACUUUUCUGGAUUAGUAUUUCUGUGUCCUGUUUGUGCUCUAACUGUGGUUAUUAAAUAAAAAUGUAAAAACAGGGUAUCUCCUUUUGGCAGGGUACAUUUAGGUGUCACCUUGCAUUUGCUUUGAACCAGUUACCUGCCAUAGCUGAAAUGUUUAUCACCUGUGACUUUCUGCUGCCUUCAGGUAACAGAAUUCUUGACAAGGUGUGGUUGACAUUAAGCUGUCUUGAGUUUUUAGAGUAGCGUCUUCAUGUGAACAACUUCUGAUGUUCAUUUACAUUGGUAACACUGAGUUGCAAACUGGGCAGCUCACGAACAGGUUCACUUCUUGUCCCUGCAGGAGACCAGUUACUCUUGGCAGAUUGAUGUUGUCUCAGCUUACUCUGUUGCCUAGCCUGGCACUCUAGGUCAUACAAAGACCGGGAGCCAAAUUUUUCAUACCCUAACCACUGUUUCAAAUCUGAGGUGUACAAGCCAAUCUUAGUUACUAUUAUAAAUAUUUUAUAUUGCCUUGGUAAAGAGGUAAAUUAUGGUUAUACUUGGAUUAAGUUUCCUUCAAGUGCUGCUUAUGCGUCAAGAAACUUUAAUGUGUAAUAGUGAUAUCUCUCUACUGCCAGAAAUGUAAUGCAGUCAGCAAUAUUGUGGGCAGAUUUGUUGGAAAAAUCAAAUUUCUUAUCAGUAAAGAUUUAAAUAACUAGUGUCGUUACUAAUCUUUAAAGUACUUAGUAUUCUGUAACGCUAUUUCUUUGUAAUACUUUUGAGAACAAUAUUAGUAAUUAAGUUGUAAUUCUGCAAAAAAGAUUUAGAGGAGUGAAAAGGAAGUAACAUGACUUACUGUUCCUCUGGCUUAGUGAAAUUUUUUCAUGUAUAUAAAUGGAAAAGCAGCUGAACUAUUAACAGAACGUUCAGAGCAUUUAGCAUAUGUAUUGUUUACUGCUAUUAAAAAUUGUUGUUAAAAUGCUUUACUAAACAGUUUUGGAGGGGUAACAGAAGUACAGCAUUGAAUCAGAAUGGCUUGAGGCUUCAAGUUGACAUUGCUAAUAUAUGGGUUUCCUUAGCCCAUUUCCAUGGCUAUUUUUCUGAAUAAGGUAAAGAUACCUGCACAGCCAUGGUCCCUGGUGCUUAUCGAGGAACAGAAUUAAUUCUUGGCAGAAAAUAUUCACAGAACAAUGAUGUAUGUCUAUUUGUUGUGAUCAAGUGUUGCACAAGUGUCUUAAAUUUCUAAUAUGUGCAUGUAUUAUGUGCAUGUAUGUAGAUACAUGCUGUAUUGCACCUCUAGGCCUCAGUUUAAAGUAAUAUGCCUUGCUUAAGAAAUGAGUUCUCGACUCACAGAUUCAGAGGACCAGACAAGGGGGCUGCCACAGAAGGGGAGGAAGGUUGUGUGACGUCAGAGAUACGAGGCUUCUGGGGAGAUGUUUUCAGGGGUAAAUAUCUGUUAUCUCCACGUGUGUAUAAUAUUCACUGACACUGAACUGCAGGCUUUCUUGCCAGUUAUCCAGAGUAAACACAUUUCCUAACUCUGCAGGUCUGUGAGAACGUAUUCGUAUGUCCAGACACGUGUAUCUUUGUAUGACAUUUUAGUCUUCAGUUGGAAUUCUCUGUUGUUUCUCAAGUCAUAUUCCAGGUGUUUUUAGUAUAUAUGACAGUGACGAUUUUUACAUUGCAAAACAUGACACUGCCUUCCUUCAGUCGACACGGUUGACUAAAUAUUCUGGAUUGAGAGAAUAGGAAAUAACAUGGCUGUUUCUGCUGUGAAGAGAUAAAAGUGGUUUGAUCCUUGUCUACCUGUGAAAAGCACUUCUCAGUUUGAUCCUUUGACCCACAAGACACUGGAUUCUAUACAAAAAAAAGUAUUUCAGAGCCAUUGGCCAACUUUCGCCUGCCAUCCUGCAUUUUUAUAUGUCGCUUAUUCAACAGAUACUGGAUGUUCAGAACACCUGUGUGGAAAUGAAAACUUAGGAUGAUGCCUGUAGUCUGCAGCAGUAAAUAAAGUGAUACUUUGAAUUCCAUAGACCAGUUGGAGCAGUCUCGUUUGUUGUAGAGAGAGAAAUGUAAGUCACCUGCUGUGGGAAACUGUUCUCUUCUUCCCCACAUGAGUCUAAACAUAAUGUGAAUUUGAAGAAAACCAGUAUAUUUUGACAGCCUUUAUGUUCUGUGUGAUGGAAAGGGCAGUCUGCAAGUGUCUGAGGAUGAAUAGUAAGUAUGUAGGUACAUGAGAUGGUAUGGGCUUGUCUAACAACCCAUGGUCACUCACAGGGCUGUUACUGAUCCUUUCUUCUGGCUGUAUGUUCUACCCUUUUCUUGAUUCUGGUGUUUUUUUCACCUCUCAGCCAGCAGAGAUGGGGGGAGGGGUGGGGAAAUAAGUGUUCUAUUAGCUUAGUUAAUGCAUUUUGGUUAACACUGGAUUGAUUUCAUAAUUAGUCCAAAUUAAAAGUAGUAACAAAGCAUUGCAAAACCGAAUAUGAUAUAAUGCUAUGAUCUUUGAAAAUUAGUAUUUUAUUCAGAGUUAGAAAGGAAUACAUACUAUUCACUCAUAAAAUCACUAAAAAAUUGCAACAAAUCUGACUGUAAACACAAAAUUAAAAAGUCUGUUAACUUCUGUUGAAAUACCAACAAUAAAGCAGAGAAAAACAGAACUCUUGAAUUGCUCUGGAACUGCUCAAAAACCUAUGACAGAUGAAACUGCAAAUUGAUUGCAAGCUUGCUGCAUUUUUAUUUAUACAAAGAUAGUGUUAUUUUGUCAAUAAAUCAAGCCUCAAAUCUUAAA